AUGAUUGCCCUUUUCCUCUUUUUUCUCCAGCGCCUACUGCUGGGAGUGCAGGCAUUGAGAAACACCAACGGUCUGAAUGCCGGUUUCAUCAACUUCAUCGUUUCGGAGGGUGCGGCUGUUGGCGAAGUGGUGGGUGUAUUAAACGCAGCCGACCUCUUUAACUUCUCCUCCCUCCACAGAGCUACCACUGAAGACAAAUCAAAACCCUCCGCCUGGUUCGUCCUUCAGGACACCACCUACUUUGGACUCAGAGGUCCUGAUCAACAGACGGUGGUGGUAAAUCGACUGCUCGAUCGAGACACUGAUCGCAAACUCUGUACUGGGCCUGAUUGGCCGGAGAUCUGCGCUUGGUCGGGAGUGCUUUUUGCACGCAAUGGAAUUGUCCUGAGUUUGCGCAUUACGGUGACAGAUGUGAAUGAUAAUAUCCCCCAGUGGCCCGAAUCCAGUCUCAGCAAAUCUCGCGCUGCCGAACACAAGGAGGCCGCCAUUGAGCUGUUUAUCGCCGAAAAUUCCCCGCCCAACAGCGUUUUUGAUCUACCUCUGGCAGAGGACAGAGACUACGGCAAAAAUGGCAUAGUUAAGUAUGAACUGGUUCAGGGGCGUGCCGGCAGUGAAGUGGUGGGCCUCUUUGCGCUAGAAUGCGUGCCCGGACCCAAUGGUGUGAUCCCCCGGAUCAAAGUUCUCGGGGCACUGGAUCGUGAAUCACAGGAGGAGUACGAGAUGGAGAUUGUGGCCUUGGAUGGUGGUGGUCAGCGCGGCACGGCGUGCCUACGGUUGUACAUAAUGGAUGAAAACGACAAUGCGCCGGUGUUUAAAUACCUGCAAAACCUGUCACCUGAGGAGGCCCAACGGACCCGCUUCACAAUUGAUAUCAACGAAUCUCUGCCGGUGGGAUUUGUUCUGCCGGAACACCCUGUAGCCACUGAUCUCGACGCUGGCGAUUUCGGCCAUGUACGCUACCGUUUCGCUCUCUCCACACCCCACUUUGUGCGACGGGAUUUUGCCAUUGAUGCGGGGACAGGCAGUAUCAUUGUGCAGAAUGCUCUCGACUGCGAUGCCGGGGGCAUCUCUGAGUAUGCUUUUUCCGUGAUUGCUGAGGAUGGCGGCACACAGUCGCUGACCGCGGUGGCAAAUGUGGUCAUUCAUGUACAGGAUACGAAUGACAACCCACCGCUGAUUACAGUCACACCAGUCAAGCCGCUGCCGCUGGAUUCCGCCUACUCCACGGAGGAUUUGCAGUCGGAAGAUGAUGACUCGAAAGAUGGGUUUGGGCUAAUUGAAGAGAGUCCGUCUGGUCAACUGAUUGCGACAGUAGCUGUGAACGAUCCGGACGCAGACCUUAACGGGGAGUUUACCUGCGAGCUGAGUGAGGCGCGAGACUUUAGCCUGAAAUACCGACCCCUUCUGAGAUCAACGACAGUCUUUCAACUCUUGUCGGCACGCCGGUUUGACCGGGAAGCCGAGCCCACAGCCUCAGUGACAAUAAUAUGCACAGACAAGGGCAGACCCGUGCAGGUUUCGCGAAAACAACUCCUGGUCAGCAUAAUUGAUGUGAACGACAACCAGCCGCAAUUCGUAAGGACUCACUACGAAAUUUCGUCCCCUGAGAACAAUGAAGUUGACGCAGUUGUCGGACGUAUUCUCGCUAGAGAUAUCGACGCGGGUGAAAACGGCCGGAUUACGUACUCAUUGCUUUGGCCGUCCGAACAACACCGGCAGCUUCUGUCCAUCAACGAUGCCGGCGAAAUCAUCGCCAAGGAGCGGUUGGAUCGCGAGCAGAUGCCUGCUGGAUUAAAGUUCUUAAUUAUAGCCGAAGACCAUGGAAAACCACCGAUGCGCUCCUCGGCUCAAGUGACCUUGUGGCUGGAGGACAUCAACGACUGCAUACCGACCUUCAUACAAUCACAGUACCAUUUCUCUGUGGAUGAGGAAAAUCACCUGCUUGAGGGACAGAUAGUUGGAACGGUACACGCAUCUGACUGCGAUCUGGGUGAAAACGCCGCAAUAAAGUACUACUUUCUGCAGGAAGGAAUUCCCUUCAGAAUAUCAAAGAAUGGUUCAAUAUACGUCAUCGGAAGACUUGAUCGGGAGACCGUGCCUGCAUAUCUACUGACAGUUAUUGCGGAAGAUAUGGAUGGAAAUGGCGGUGAUCGAGCACUGAAGUCUUCUGCCCAGGUUCACAUAACUGUGAACGAUGUGAACGACCAUGCUCCGGCGUUCAGGUUUCCGUGGGGAAAUUCUUCGGUGCCCGAGGUGCGGUCUCUCAAGACCUUAUACAGAUGCAGCAUGAUAUAUUACGAGGAUAGGAACACCGUCCAAUAUUUAGGUGGCCUUAUGCUAAGUUGCAGUGAUCUUAUGGUGAGCUUAUCUCCGCUGGAACCAACAGGACAUCGGAUUAUUAGGUUGCAAGCUAAAGAUGCGGACAUUGGAAUAAAUUCAGCUGUACGCUUCCAAAUAGAGGGAGGAAAUGAUGAAAAGUACUUUCACUUGCACGAAAAGAGCGGCGAGCUCUUCGUGGCCGCACCACUGCCGACACACCAGAAGAUCCGCAAAAGACUGCGCAUUUGCGUCCAGGAUGGCGGCUUUCCGCCAAAAAGUUCUCACGCCGACCUCAUAAUUAUCAUUGACCCGGCGCAGCCAGUGGUAUCCAAACGGUCGUCAAGUGCGUUUGGGCUGACCGCUGGAGCCACAGAUCCUCAGCUCGAACGCAGCGCUGCCUUUACCAAUACGUACAUUGUGGGUUUCAUCGCGCUGGCUGUCUGCAUUUCCUUCAUCCUCCUGGUGGCAGCAAUCUUCUUCAUGGCAAAGAGGCAUUCGGACUCGUUGGGCUCAAGUACACCCCUGUCCUGCAGCCACCUCUGCUUCUCCGCAGCCAAAAAGCAGACGAAAAAUGCACCGUUAAAGCAACUGCAGGGUGAUAUGUUUAGCCAAAUGCCGGACACAUUCACCUCGGGCUUAUUUUCAAAUUGCGACUACAAUCUUGACUCUAAUUCUUGUUCGAUUGACAAGAGCAUGCAGGACCAGUUAACAUCUACUGUCGGAAUCCCCGGAUCGUCAUAUAACCAAAUGACAAUGAACAGUUUUUUCGAUGGUUCGGGCCAGAACCCUUAUGGAAUGCUCCUCGGGCACACAGACGAGAUGAACAUGCAGGCUCACCACCCUUAUGCAACUUCCAUUGAUCAAUUCUCCCAGAUUGGUCAUUCGUACCUUUCCGACCCACCGGAGACACGUAGUUCCGUGACUUCUUGCCCUUUGAGUGGACACAGUAGGAACCAAACACCAUUGGAGUGGAACGCAGGCAGGACCAACUACGAGAUGCAGGACGUGGUCCUUUACUCCUGGUGCAACAAUGCCAACGAGCGACAACAGGUUCUUCCAAACACAAUUCCGAACAGUUGGGCAGUGUAA